GUUACAUCACAUCGAAAGACUAUUGUGGGAGAUGCCUCAAACCUAAUGGAGAACACUGAGUUUCAAGAGCAUUUAGCUGGAGGAAUGCCAAUUACUCCUGCUUCACUUGCUGCCAUUCUUGCUGCUAGAAUUGGUCUUGAAGAAAAUUUAGAUAAUUCAGCAGCUUUGCCUCCUCCACUCUGUACUUCAAUGGGGGCAGUGGGGCCACAUAUCUUCAAUAAUUGGCUAGGUACUUCAAACCCUUUGUCUACAACUCUUGAGGACCAUGGUUACAAUGAAGUACCUGGUAAUAGUAAAUGGAAUGUUAACAAGUUUCCUAAAGCCACAGAGAUUGAUGGAGUAGGGUGCCAGCCUUAUUCAUCCAUUGGAAACCUGGAUCCAGAUGGAUGGACAUCAUCAAAUGUUGCAAACAUGACCAAUCAUUCUUAUCAUUCCUCUAACUUUAGUAAUGAACUCUCUUUAAGUCUUGUAACAUCUACAACCACAGGACAAUGCUCAGAUGUCAGUUGCUCUGAUGUGGCCCAAUGCAUGAAUGGAACUAUGUCAUGCUUGGAGCAAGCCUCCUGCAGCAGUAGUAGGGAACUUUCUAUGAGUUUGGGUUGUAAUAAAUUUGUACAGUUCUCACCAGAAGUAUUCGGGUCGAAAUAUCUUGCUGGAAUUCAAGAGAUACUUUCUCAAAUUGCAAGAUAUUCAUUUGAGAAUCUAGAACAGAUAAAUUGUUCAGCUGCUGGUAAUAGAGCAGAUGGAAACAAAUCAACUUCAGCUCUUCCACCCAAGAGAAGGGUAUUGAUAAAUCACAAUGCAAAUUCUAUGUUUGAAGCACAUGCAGAAUCUCCAUUGCAAAGGCAUGCAGCGGAAUCAAAGAAGUCCGAACUACUGACACUUCUACAACUGGUUGAUAAUCAAUACAGCCAGUGUUUGGAUGAGAUACAUACUGUUGUAUCCGCAUUCCAUGCUGUUACAGAGCUGGACCCACAAAUACAUGCACAUUUUUCUCUUCAAAAGAUCUCUAUCCUGUACAAGGACUUGAGAGAGAGGAUUAGCAAUCAUAUUAUUGCCAUGGGAUCAAAUUUCAACAACUCGUGCUCACAAGAAAAGGAAUGGUCUGUUGUUGAAACUUCAUUUCUUCAAAAGCAAUGGGCUUUCCAGCAGUUGAAAAGAAAAGAUCAUCAGUUAUGGAGGCCCCAAAGAGGCUUGCCAGAAAGAUCUGUCUCAGUUCUAAGGGCUUGGAUGUUUCAGAAUUUCCUCCAUCCGUAUCCUAAAGAUGCAGAGAAGCAUUUACUUGCAGUAAAAAGUGGGUUGACGAGAAGCCAGGUAUCCAAUUGGUUUAUAAAUGCUCGUGUUCGGCUGUGGAAACCUAUGAUUGAGGAAAUGUAUACUGAAAUGAAUAAAAGAAGGGCUUGUCGAAAUGGAGAAGGAAUGGAGAGCUGCCACGACAACAGGAUAAACAUGAGCAAUUAAAGGUUUAAUGUCAAUUGAAGGUGGACAAAGUCGCAUAACAAUAAGA